AUGACUCCAAUUGAAGAUUCUCAAUCAUCUGAAGAACUAUUGGCCACAGAGGACAACACUAGCACAGCACCAUUGCCCAGCAAUAGCGGCGGCGUUCGCACGAAUAUUCGUGUUAGAAAUGUUUCCGAACUAAACAACAACAAUGAAGCCGAAGCAACUCCAUCAAAUGCUUCUGCUCCAACAAAAAGAAGAUGCCUACCUUCAUGGAUGCUAAGUGCACAAGGUAAUUCUGAAAAUAAAAAGAAAAAACCAGAGUCAACUAUUGAAACACCAGAAAGUACGUCAUCGUCAUCAACUUCGAAAUCCAAUUUGGAAAAAGAGUCAUGUGAGUCAUCAAAUCAAAAUAUAAAUGAAACAAACGAAAGUUCCACAGUUGAUAGUAGUGGAGCAAGAGAAAAUGAUUCCAAUCCUAAUGAACAAAUGGAAAUUGAAUCAUCAUCAAUUCACAAUGAUGAUGAACCAAACAAUAAUGAAAAUGUAGAAGCCCAAAUUGACGAAGAGGCAAGUGUUGCUUCUACCUCAAAAUCCGCUAAAACUGAGGCUAACAGCGACGCAGAUGUUGCUUCCACCUCAAGUUCCACAAAUGCCCAAGCAGGAGCAAACGAAGAUAAGAAGAAAGAUGAUUCCGAAGUCGAUGGCGACGCAGGAAUCGCCUCCUCCUCAAAUCAAUGCUCUUCGCCUUCCAAAGUCACAAUAAAAACAGAACCAAAAGAUGAUGACAAUGAAGCCGUUGGACAAGUUACUGCCACAUCACCAAAAGACAUUAAACCAGCAGUUAAAGUUGAAAAAGAAGAAGCCACAUCGAGUACAACGAGGGUAUCUUGUAAAUUUGGAAUAAGAUGUUAUCGCCGAAAUCAAAUGCAUAGAGUUGAAGAAGCACAUCCAGGCGAUUCAGACUAUCGACGACCUGAUUUUCCAACUCCUCCGGAUGGCACACCUCCAUGUCCUUAUGGGGACUUGUGCUACCGUCGCAAUCCAGUGCAUUUCCAACAGUAUACUCAUCCAGCUUCAACUGAUUUUAAACAAAAUUGGAAACUCCAUCAAAUGCGUUUAAGAGAUAGAAAAAAGAAUCAACAGCCAAAAGUUGAUCCCGAUUCGGAUGAGGAUGAUGAGGAAGUAUUUAUUGAUUCAUCAGAAGAAUUUGAUAUUGGAGAUGAAAUUGAUGAUGAUGAUGAGGAGGAGAGUGAGGACUUUUACUGAAGCGAACAAGAAAUACUUAUU